AUGGCUCUCAACGCCUACAUCUACGGAUAUGGAGGCCACUCUUUGGUCACGCCGCACGCAGCUCUCAAACAGCUCUGGUGGACCGAGGAUCGCAUCGACAGCAAAGUCACGAGGAAGUUCGUCGUAUCACAGAUCAAAGGAGAAGAGAGAGACUUCUUGGACAGACCUCUCGCUUUUGGAGAAGGCUUGACAGAUGAUACUUACAUGGAAUGGAUACUAGGUCGAGCGAGGCGGCUUUUCCUCAUCUUGGCAGAGAUCGGCAAGCCAGAGCAGAUCUUUGGUCUGAUAGACGAUUCACUGAACGACGAUGAUUUACCUUUCUCGUUCGAGAGUAUCGUGGACAUGGAUCUUUGUGUUGAACCAGAUGAGCGCUUGAACCGGAAGUUUCAUGCCACUCAGUAUCUGUACCUCUUACGCCAGUUGGAUCAAGGUGGUCAUAUUGAUUAUGGACCUCAAGAACAUAUCCCUAUGGAAUAUGUGCACAAGGUGCCGCCAGCGGUCUCGCUACAGAGCUGGGACAGAGUCCAUUUCCCCAAAGAUCAUGACCAAGUCUUUGUCAGGCGCAAAUUCACGUUUGGGACUGGUGACGACAAAGAUGAUCUUCGAGAAACGUACACGCAGGAUCUUGCAGAGGCAAAACGUCUGGCUCAUCCACAUAUUGCUCGAGUAUGGGCAUCUUACACCGCUGGAGAUGCUGGCUUCGUUCUCUCUGACUUUGUACCAGAGCAUACACUGGCAUCGUUCAUCGCUCAUCGAACGCCGUACCAAUUCAUGCGUGUGCCCCACGCCGAAAGGCCUGUCAUCCUGCUCGAGUGGAUGCAUUGCCUGAUCGAUGCACUCGCCAUGUUGCAUCAUCGUGGCAUCUCACACGGCGUUAUACGACCUUCAAACAUUGUUAUCGAUCAUGACAACUGUAUCGCAUUCUCUGACAUAGGCGUACUGCGAACUUUCCAGCGUGGGAAAAAGUUCGUGAAGAACGAGGCCUCAGGUUAUUCUGCACCCGAGACACAUCUCUUGAACGAGCCUCUAAGUAUUCCUAAGCCUCUUGUCAUACGCAAGGCCGUAUCACAGAGUUCGCUGAACAACGAUAAUAACAACCUGACGCCAACAUCCACAUACCAAGACACAGGCUUCGAAAGCGAUGUCUUCUCUCUAGGCUGCGUGUAUCUGGAUCUCGUCACCUACAUCGUCAAAGGCAAACUUUCCGAUCUACAGAAGUUUCGG